CUUCAGGUUAGUAAAAUUGUAGCAGCAUAGAAGAAAAGAUGAUUGCCUAUGAAGAAGAAGAGAUGCCUAAGUUAUCAUCAUCAUACCAAUCUCACCAACCACUUCACCUCUCUUCCUUCAUCAGAGAUGUCAAUUACAGCUGUGGUUCGUGUGGUUAUGAACUGAACUUGAACUCCAGCAACCGCAACACAACAUCUCUCGUCAAUUCAAAUUAUGGAAAAUCAAUUAAGAAGAAGAGGAAGAGAUCUCUCAUUUCAUUCUUCUCUGUUGACGAAACCAGAUUCACUCACAUUCAACAAUUCUCAUUCUCGUGGAUUUCAUUUUUCAAUUUCCAACGCACAGCAACAGCAACGAAACUCCUCUGCCGCAACUGCGGGAAUCAUCUAGGUUAUGCUCGCACUUUCCCUUCUCACUCUGGUUCUAACUCAUGGGAUGGUAUCUCUGAUUCUAGAACCUUCUACAUCAAACUCAAUUCCAUUCAACCUUCUUCGCAAUCAUAACUCCUUUUCUUGUUUAGUUUCACAAUUAUAGAGGAUCUCUCGUCAAUUAUCACGGGAUAAUAGAAGAAUAAAUGUUUUAAGUGUUUUUAGGAACAAAAUAAUGUUAGUUGUUAUUCAGUUAGAGUUAGUUAUAAUUUAUUGUUUCUCAUUUUAAGGAAAAAAAUUGUAUCAUGGUAAUUCUAUACUUUUGUUCAAUAUGAAAUUAUCAUCUGGAUCUAAAAUG